AUGGCGCUCAUUCGGCGGAAGAAAAGUCAGCAGCUGCUGGUUUUGUGUUGGGUUUUGUUGCUUCCAGUUGUUUUCUGUUUCAGUGAGUUGUCUUUCGUGAUCGAACCGAGCGACAAGAGGGUAUCUCAGAACGAUCAUGUAGUGAUGGACUGCUUGGCCCAAGGAGAGCCACCUGUGGACGUCCGAUGGCAGAAAAACGGGGCCAGAGUUCUAGAGAGUGAUCGUAUUCAUUUCUUGCCUAAUGGCUCUCUGUAUCUGUCAUCUGUAAGCAGAGGAGGAGAACAAUCAGAUGAAGGCUUUUAUCAGUGCCUUGCUCGCAACAAAUACGGAGCCAUCCUAAGCCAAAGAGCUCGUCUUACAAUCUCAAGCAUCUCAUCCUUUGUGACCCAACCUUCUCCUGUGGUAGUUAACGAGGGUUCUGUAGCUAGGUUUUCCUGCAGUGUUAAUGCCAACCCGCAAGCCAUAAUCACAUGGGAAGUCAACCAAAAAGUUUUACCUCUGGAAACAGAGAGAAUUGCUGUGUUGCCAAAUGGAGUUUUGCAGAUCCAUGAGGUAAAACUGGAGGAUGCUGGGUUUUACCGCUGUGUCGCCACCAACACUGCCAGUCAGCUAAGAAGCAGGGAGGCCAUGCUUACUAUCAACCCAGUGCCUGGAGCCAGACCACUCAUGAAGCCCCAGAUCAUUGCAGGACCACAGAAUACCAGUGCCAGCCUGCACCAAACGGUUGUUCUUGAGUGUGUAGCAGAGGGCAACCCUCGCCCCCUGGUGUCUUGGAGCAGGGCCGACUCAAAGCCCAUAGAUGUGUUUGGGGUGAAAGUGUUGGGAAAUGGGAACCUUGUCAUCUCCAAUGUAAAAGCCCAUCACAGUGGAGUUUACCUGUGUAGAGCAACAACACCACGCACACGUAACUACACCAUCGCUGCUGCAAACCUUACUGUGCUCGUGCCUCCAUCAAUAGUGGAGAAGCCAGAGAGUCAGACUCGGCCCAGAGCAGGCACGGCUCGCUUUAGCUGUCAGGCAGAAGGUAUGCCAGCUCCCCGCAUCAAGUGGCUGAAGAAUGGGGAAGCCAUCCACUCCAAUGGCAGGAUUAAAAUGUACAACAGUAAAUUGGUGAUAACCCAGAUCAUUCCUGAGGAUGAUGCCAUCUACCAGUGCCAGGCUGAGAACUUGCAGGGCUCGGUUCUCUCCAUGGCACGGCUGAUUGUAGUCAUGUCAGAGGAUCGGCCCAGCGCGCCCCGAAACAUUCAUGCUGAAACCAUCUCCAGCUCUGCCAUCUUACUGGCCUGGGAGAGGCCUCAGUACAACGCAGAUAAAGUCAUUGCCUACUCAGUGCAUUACAUGAAGGCAGAAGGUCUGAACAAUGAAGAGUACCAAGCAGUGAUUGGAAAUGACACAACUAGCCACAUUGUGGAUGAUCUGGAGCCGGCAUGUAACUACAUGUUUUAUAUAGUGGCCUACAUGCCCAUGGGAGCCAGCCGUAUGUCUGAGCAAAUCACACGACACACACUGGAGGAUGUGCCUGUCCGUACUCCUGAGCUAAGCCUUAGUAGUCGCAGCCCCACAGACAUUCUGGUGUCCUGGCAGCCUCUUCCUGCCAAGUUAAGUCGCGGACGUGUCUCUGCCUACCGCCUGUCUUUCCGCACUGCCACUGAUGAACAGGUGAGCUCUGUAGAGCUGCCUGGAAACAGUAGGAACUCCACCCAAUACCUUCUUCAGGACCUGGAGCCUGACACCAUUUACCUUCUGCGUAUUGAGGUGUCCACCCGCGCGGGCUGGAGCAAACCAUCGGCCUGGAGCUCUCACCGCACACCCAAAACUUCUAAAGCCACAGUACCCUCUGCCCCUAAUCUGGUAUUGGAGCCCUUUAACUGCACUUCAGUUACUGUACGCUGGCAUCCUGCACCCAGUGAUGCUGUCGUCCAGGGUUACAAACUUUCCUGGCAUCCUGAUGGCAAAUCGGAGAGCUCGACUAUCCAGCUCCGCCCUCAGGACUACCAGCAUACUAUUGAAGCACUUGAUCCAAGGAGAAAGUAUCAUGUGAAUCUUUUGGCCUUCAGUGCUCAUGGUGAUGGCUAUCAAGCACAUCAGACUGUCAGCACUACUGGCUGUCCUUCUGCUCCAAACAGGAGGCUGGCCACACUACCUGCUCCGGAUCACGUCCACGGUCAGGCCAACAGCUCCUCAUCCGUCAGCCUCAGCUGGGGCCGACCUGCCUUUAGUUCUGGAAAAUCAGUCAGUUAUUCUGUUCGCUAUGGCCCUUUGGCUCCAUACAAUGCUUCGGCAGUGCGCUAUCUCCAAACAAAUGAACAGACAGUAAUGGUGGAGGGACUGAAGUCUAAUACACGGUAUGAGUUUGCUGUACGUUUACACAUGGAUCACAUGUCCAGCCCCUGGAGCUCUCCCAUAUAUCUCAGAACCCUUCUAGAAGCUCCAUUGUCUCCUCCUCUGGGGGUGAGAGUAACUCUGAUAGAGGAAGACACAGCCUUGGUGUCCUGGAGGGAGCCAGAACAGCCCAACCUGACUGUGAGCCACUACACAAUUCUCUAUGCCCCACAGAGAGCAUGGUUAGCAGGAGACUGGCAGGUCUUACAGAGAGAAGGGAGCAAUACUAUGGCUCUGUUAGAAAAGCUGGAGCCUGGUAAUGUUUACCUGGUGAAGAUCUCCGCCUCAAACCAAGCAGGUGAUGGCCCUUUCUCCAUCACCGUGGAACUUCCUGUGCUGAGGGGCAAAACUCACCCGGGCAAAAACCCUCGCCAUACCUACAGCCAGACUAAGACUAUAGGAAGUCUCUAUUAUCUUGACGAGAAAUCUAUGACUGGCAUUACAAUUGGUGUGUGUAUAGCACUGACCUGCAUCAUUACCUGUAUCUUCAUCCUAAUCACUAAAAGCAAAGCAAGGAGAAAUUCUUCAUCCUCAAAGAUGAGUGGACAAAUGAGUGCUGAGAUGAUUCAUAAUGGUGUGCCACAAGCCAAUCACCUGCAGAUGGAGAACGCUGAGGUUUUGGUACCGAUGAUGGGAAAUCACUAUGUUGACACCAAGGGUGGCUCAGCUUUGAUGAUAAACCAUGAUGGACCCAUCAUCAGUAACAGUCAGGACACACAGGCAAGGAAAUGGAACGUUUUCAGACGUACAGAAAAACACACUCCAAAAAAUAUCCAGGCAGUGGAGCGAGGCUGUUUUUAUGAGGUGGAGAAGAUGGUGUUGCAGUAUGAGCAGGAGCAGGCCAGCGCAUCUCUCCAGCACUCGGCCUUACAGGUCUUCUAUCAACCACUCGGGGAGUCUGAGAGCUCUCAGACCAGUGAGGGCAGCGGAGAAACAGGGGAUUCUGGAAACUUCUCUCAGGAUGAGGCUGAACCGAACAGCUCUAACAUCUGUGAAGAGAAAAGGAACAGCUCAGAAAAUGUGGGUGAUGCAUCAAACAUUGUAAAAAUCAGUCCGCAUGUUUCAUCAUGAAUCGCAGCUACUUUUCUCAAGCACAGUACACAGCCAGUGAUGCAGGUGAAACAGGUUUGCACAUUCUCCAUCUCGGGUUAUGCUGCUCACCAGGAAACAGAGGAAAGACCAAAGACCAGAGUUUCUCAAUCAAACGACAAAAAUACGUUCAAAUAGUUUUACCAAA